AUGUUUUCUUCUAAUAAAAUAAUUUCUGAAUUCGAUUUCUUUGAUACCAAAAAAAUCUAAUUCAUAAAUGAGAGUGAGUCCUAGAUAAUCGAUAACAUCUAGUUAUUGAGAAUAAAAAAACAAAACUAUUUAAUUAUAUGAGAGUACUUCUUAAAUAAAGGGAAGUGCCAUAAAUUGUAUUAGCAUUAAGAAGAAGAAAUUUGCUCUAAUUUCGAUUCCAUAAGUGAUAUCAUCGAAUUUAGAAUCUUGCAAGACUUUAUCUAAUUUUUCAAUUUCAGAUUUUAUUCCUAUUUAAAUUAAAAAUGGGCAAGGAAAUUCUUAAGAUUUGAUUUUACAUGAAUUAAGAAAUUAAAAAGAAAAUAAAAUUACAACCUAAAUUGGACCUCUUGAUUUUUAAUAUAUAAAAGAUGCAAUUUGA